AAGUGCUCGUGUGUGUGUUUUGGUUCUAAAGGGGGAAGUUGCGAGAAAAAAAGAAAGGAGGAGACGUGAUCUGGUCCGGUGAAAAUAUACGUAUUUUUACAGCUUCAAGAAACUGUAUUUUAAACAUUUCUGUACAAGCCCCCUGUGUUGGAAGGUCGUGAAAAUACAUAUUCUUCUGUCCAUCAGAAAUGUUGCAAGAAUUCAGCUUACUACAGUUUGAUUUUUAUAACCGAGAAGACAAGGAGGACAGUGGUCAAACAAGAGUCCAGAGCAGGAGACUGGUGUUUAGGUCAUGGCAAGUCGAGGAGGUGCAACAAGACCCAAUGGACCAAAUGCCGGCAAUAAGAUUUGCCAGUUUAAGCUAGUGCUUCUUGGAGAGUCUGCUGUGGGGAAGUCCAGUUUAGUGCUGCGCUUUGUGAAAGGGCAGUUUCAUGAGUUUCAAGAGAGUACAAUAGGAGCUGCUUUCCUGACGCAGACUGUGUGUCUGGAUGACACAACAGUGAAGUUUGAAAUCUGGGACACUGCUGGACAAGAGCGUUACCACAGUUUAGCACCAAUGUACUACAGAGGCGCACAGGCUGCUAUAGUUGUAUAUGACAUUACAAAUGAAGAGUCAUUUGCACGAGCAAAAAACUGGGUAAAAGAGCUUCAAAGACAAGCAAGUCCUAAUAUUGUAAUAGCACUGGCUGGCAACAAAGCUGAUCUUGCUAACAAGAGAGCAGUUGACUUCCAGGAUGCACAGUCAUAUGCAGAUGACAACAGCCUGCUGUUCAUGGAAACAUCAGCAAAGACUUCAAUGAAUGUAAAUGAAAUAUUCAUGGCAAUAGCAAAAAGGUUGCCCAAAAAUGAACCACAGAGUGCAGGAGCAAACAGUGGAAGAAACCGAGGAGUAGAUCUUACCGAGACCACCCAGCAAAGCAAGAGCCAGUGCUGUAGUAACUAACGUUAUUACAGAUUGCAUCUCAAAGAAGUUACUUCCUAACUCUGAAUAACAAAGGAAUCAGGGGUGCUUAAUUGUUCAAACAUCAUGCCCCCAAAUAGCUAAAAGACUCUGUAUAGCUGCAUUUCUAAUACAAAGUUUAUUUUAUGUUUUUUUGAACUUUUAUUUUUAAAAUGUACUUCAAAAUUAUGGAUGCAUGUAUCACUACAAGGCCUAAACCUAAAGUUUUAACGUUAUUCAGCGACAAAAUCAGAAAGAAAUUACCUUUAAAGCUGAAAAGGACCUGUCUGGCAAAGAAGGUUAUAAGUUCCCCUUCGCUUUGGUAGGCACAAUUCAUGAUGCCUUGAUGUAAUGGUCCCAAUGGAGUUCUGCGGUGUUGGACUUGGAUCUUACAUUUUUGUAUACAUGGCUUCCCAAGAAACUAUAUAGUAGCGCUAGAACCAUGUUUUCCACUCCUAGGCUUAUGAGCCAUGUCUGCUUCUAGCUGUUCUAGUGGCAUUGUGCAAUUAUUUACAGUAUUUAUGCAGUGAAUAGUUUCUGCAAGGACCCUCAAUAAUGAUGCAUUCCUCCUUUCAGUUGUUGCGAUAUGCAAACCAAUUUGCAGUACAGUCUGGCAGCAAGUCUUUAUUGCAAUGGCCCCUUAAACUGCCCAGUGGGUCGAUUUUUAGUAAAUGAAAAUCUAGUGUAUCUUUUUGAGAAAAGAGAAUAGGAAGGUCUGCUUACGUUCGUUUUAAUAGUUUGUAUGUGAACACAAACCUGACCAGUCUGGUAAAUUCUGUUUGUUUCGGUUACAUGAUUUAUCCUUUGAAAGGAAAACAAAAAAUUGUCAUUUUUCCUAACUAUUCUUGAUUUGUUUUCAGCACACCUCAAGAUAUUAGGAGAACCAAUUACUUCAGCAGGUCUUUUGAAGUCGUUUGUCAUGCCUUGCACUAACAAUGCUCAUCGAUACUUCUUGUCAUUAUUACAGCUGGUGUGUUAUAAAUAAUAUACUGUAAAUAGGGUGUUGCAAUGUAGUCUACUUUUCAGUAUACAACUUACUGGACUAAUGCUUGCUAGGGAGUUGUUUAGAUAAUCAUACAAACUGUACAGUAACUGAAAUGGUUCUAUUAAGGGUUCGGAGUUUUUCCACAAAUGGUUAAAUUAUAAUCAGUGGUGAUCUUUAUAAAUGUAUGUAGUGUUAUUAACAAAAUGAACUUGCAUUUCCUUAGUGGUUUGUCUUGUACUUUCUCAUUUCUCUGUUUAUAUUUUUAACAUUUCUUUCGCAUUGCACUAAAUAUUUUAGUGGUAAGACAAUGAUGCCCCAUACGAUAUUAUACCUAGUAGAAACUGAAAUCAGCUAUGUUGGAAUCAUAAUUCUGCUUAAGCAAGACGGGUAACUGAACUGAUAAGUAGCUGGCAGUCAUUUUUAACAACAGAAAUGUAAUAAUGUAACUCAAUAAUGGUUAAGGACUGAUCAGUUCUAAUGUUCAGGUACUAGAUUAUGAAUAAAUAAGUUAAUAAACAGGGAUAUAUUGUA